AUGGAAACCUGGUUCAUCAUCCUUAUCUCUCUGUUCUUCUGUAUGCUCCUCCGAUCCUUUUUCACCCUUCUCAAACCCUCUCACAGCCUUCCUCCUGGUCCCCGUGCCAUUCCCAUCAUCAGCAGCCUUCUGUGGCUACUUAAAUCUUUCUCCGAGCUUGAGCCUAUCCUUCGCAACCUACAUGCCAAAUAUGGCCCUAUCGUCACCCUCCAUAUAGGGCCUCGUCCGGCUAUCUUUAUCACCACUCACUCCCUUGCUCACCUAGCACUAGUUCAAAACGGCGCAGUUUUUGCCGACCGCCCCCCAGCCCUUGCCACUUCCAAGUUCCUUAGUAGCAAUCAACAUAAUAUCAGCUCCGCCUCUUAUGGACCAACUUGGCGUCUAUUACGCCGUAAUCUUACUUCUGAAAUCCUCCAUCCAUCGCGUAUUAAAUCCUAUUCACAUGCUCGCAAAUGGGUACUGGAUAUUCUCAUAAAUAGCCUCAAGUCUCAGUCAGAAUCCAAUCAACGGGUGCGUGUCAGAGAUCAUUUCCAGUAUGCUAUGUUUUGCUUGCUAGUCUUGAUGUGUUUUGGCGACAAACUCGAGGAAAACAAGAUCAAACAAGUAGAAGAAGUCCAACGCAGGUUGCUGUUGAGCUUUGGUCGCUUCAAUAUUCUGAAUUUCUGGCCAAGUUUGACAAAGAUACUUUUUCAUAAACGUUGGGACGAGUUAUUUCAGCUUCGUCGAGAACAAGAAAACGUGUUGGUUCCUUUGAUAAGAGCCAAAAAGAAAGGAAAGCAUGAAAAUUUAAGCAAAGACAGAGAGGAGUUUGUUGCGUCGUAUGUGGAUACCUUAUUGGAUUUGCAACUCCCAGAUGAGAAGACAAAGCUUGAAGAAGGAGAAAUAGUUAGUUUAUGCUCAGAGUUUCUUGAUGCAGGCACGGACACUACAUCAACGGCACUGCAAUGGAUCAUGGCGAAUUUGGUGAAGUACCCUCAUAUUCAAGAAAAGCUCUUUGAGGAGAUUCAAGGGAUUGUGGAUGCUGGAGAGGAAGAGAUUAAAGAAGAUGAUUUGCACAAGAUGCCAUAUCUGAAAGCAGUGAUUUUGGAAGGAUUAAGGCGACAUCCUCCAGCGCACUUUGUGUUGCCACACGCGGUAACACAAGAUAUAAUUCUCGAUGGUUUUAGAGUUCCCAAGAAUGGUAGUGUGAAUUUCAUGGUUGCAGAGAUAGGGUGGGAUGCUAAGGUGUGGGAAGACCCCAUGAUGUUCAAACCUGAGAGAUUUUUGAAUGAUAAUAAUACUAAUGGUGUGGAAGCCUUUGAUAUAACUGGAAGCAGGGAGAUAAAGAUGAUGCCUUUUGGGGUAGGGAGGAGGAUUUGUCCCGGGUAUGGUUUGGCAAUGCUUCAUUUGGAGUAUUUUGUGGCCAAUUUGGUUUGGAAUUUCAAGUGGACAGCAGUCGAUGGAGAUGAUGUUGAUAUGUCCGAGAAGCAGGAGUUUACAGUGGUGAUGAAGAAUCCAUUGCAGGUGCACAUGACUCCAAGGGAGAGAGGGAGCUCGAGCUUAUUAAAAGUUUGA